AUGCUGGGCCUUGGAGCUUAUGGAAGCAGCAGCGAAGAUGAAGUCGAGCAGGCACCGCCUCAGAAGCAAAAGCAAGAACUGAAACCAUCAGCACCUGAAGCUUCAGAGAUACAGGAUAAGGAUCAGCAAAUACCUCAAGCUCAUUCUAUAGCGCAGGAAUCUGUUCCUGAUAGAGAACCUAACGGACCCGUCAGCGGACCUGUGCUUGGCCCAGCACAUAACGCAAGCGAGGCAAUGCAAUUAAGCGAUGGGCAAUUUUCAACAACACGCACGCUUAUCCAUGAUUUGACACUCCCACCAGUGCCAAAUCUAGACAUACCACCAUCGCCUCCAGGCUCUCCGAACCCCUCGGCGAAUGCCAAGUUUGCGCAUUUCCUCCGACUGAAAAAGCAAGACGUUCACUUCAACGAGAAGCUAGCAGGCUCAGCUUCUCUCAAGAACCCAAGCCUACUACACAAGAUGAUGGAGCAUGCUGGUAUCGAUGGACAGGCCCAGUAUUCAAGUUCAAUACCAACCGACCUUUGGGAUACCUCGAGUUUACCGAACUGGGGUUACAAGGAGGAACUUCUAAAGGCUCAAAAGGAAUUAAAUGUCAAAGCGGAAGAGAAACGCGCAAAAGGGCCAAGGGAUACGAUUGAAUUUGUAUCGCCAGAUCCAAGUCGGCCGAGCUCUGCUUUGCAUGACAAGCCGAGACUAAGGUGA